CCGGCUUCGCUCAUGAUUAGACUCGAUGAUAUCUUAGCACGAUACCAUGCCUAACGACGGAACAAGAUUCAAGAUAAUGUUUACAUUCCCAGGCCACCAGAGAAGCUGUACAGGAGGAGAUGCAUCAUCAGCCUUGGUCGUGCGUCCCUUUUUUUUCUGAUUUACAUAUUUUAAUGUAUAGACGGCACAGUCAUCAGCAGUCCAUCGAUUUCGAACACGCAGUUAUUACCGAUCCGACUUUGAGCGUGGGUAUUAUACUCGACUAUACACAAUUCUACGUGACCGCACCAUAUGUAUGUGGUGUCCUGCGGUACAGUGGUGGCAUAGUGUCACUACCGAUCAAUAGAACUAGAGCUGAAAUCUCCGUUGUUAGCUUGUAUUCACCUUCGAUCACUCUAGGGUCUAGAUGCUCUCUUGUCGCUCAGUGUCCAGCCCUGCGUUGCCUGUCACAAGUGCGUCGAGUGUCAAUCCGCAGAGACAGAAGAGAAGUUCUCCUUUUAGUCAAGGGCUUUGGCUGCGGAUUAGAAGAGACUCAAGGUACAGGGUUGUUAAGGGAGAUAGAUCACGCAUAAUACGGGAAAGGGUAGUGAUUGGUAAAGGGGAUUCUAAGCUCGUUCUGUGUCCGAAGAUUCACCGAAGUGUAAUUGGGUGUAAGGGGCUCAUGCGUAGGCCCCUCCGCCUGUCGAGAUAGAUGUUUCUCUUUCACACUUUCUACUCCACGGUCUCUUUCCCCUCGACU